AUGGGUGGCAAGACAAACGAUGCACUGCAUGAACCAAAAGAGGAUGUAUUCAUGACAAAUAAUCUGGCACUUGGCCGGAUUUUAGACAUCCCGUGUAAAGUGUGUGGUGACCGCAGCUCUGGCAAGCACUAUGGGGUUUAUGCCUGCGAUGGAUGCUCAGGGUUUUUCAAACGAAGCAUCAGAAGGAAUAGGACUUAUGUCUGCAAAUCUGGAAACCAGGGAGGCUGCCCAGUGGACAAGACACAUAGGAACCAAUGCAGAGCAUGUCGGCUGAAGAAAUGCUUGGAAGUCAACAUGAAUAAAGAUGCUGUUCAACAUGAAAGGGGACCAAGAACAUCUACCAUCAGGAAACAAGUAGCUCUGUAUUUCAGAGGUCACAAGCAAGAUAAUGGAAGCACACCACACUUCUCCUCCGCAGCUCUACCUGCUCCAGCUUUCUUCACUGCUGUCACACAGCUGGAACCUCAUAAUCUAGAACUAGCCACCGUUUCUACAGCAUCUGAAAGGCAGAAUCUAGUUGGCUUAGCUCAGCCGACUCCAAAGGUUUGCUGCUUUUAUUCUUCUUUAUUAUGGAGGAAAUGCAACAUUGCUAUCAAACCUGGGCUGCAAAUAUCAGAACAAUCAGUAGAUGGCAGCACAGAGCUGAUGCUUUUGGAAGAUGCUUGGAGAGAACUGUUUGUUCUAGGAAUAGCACAAUGGGCCAUUCCAGUUGAUGCUAACACUCUACUGGCUGUAUCGGGCAUGAAUGGUGACAACACAGAUUCUCAAAAGCUGAAUAAGAUUAUCUCAGAAAUACAAGCAUUGCAGGAGGUGGUGGCUCGAUUUAGACAGCUCCGGUUAGAUGCCACAGAAUUUGCCUGCCUCAAAUGUAUUGUCACUUUCAAAGCAGGAAUACCUACACACAGCGGUUCUGAACUGAGAAGUUUCCGGAAUGCUGCCGCCAUUGCAGCUCUUCAAGAUGAAGCUCAGCUCACCCUGAACAGCUACAUUCACACGAGGUAUCCUACCCAGCCGUGUCGUUUUGGGAAACUGCUGUUGCUCUUGCCAGCCUUACGUUCAAUUAGCCCCUCAACGAUAGAAGAAGUAUUUUUCAAAAAAACAAUUGGGAAUGUGCCAAUUACAAGACUGCUUUCAGAUAUGUAUAAAUCCAGUGACAUAUAG